AUAAUAUAAUUAUUAUUAAUAUUUUAUGUAUAUUCGAGUCUAAAUAACGCGAUACUAUAUAAGGGUUAGAAAAAGUCAGAACAAAAUAUUUUAUUCUGCAACGUUUUAAUCAAAUUUUAGGUAGAGUAUAGGCACAGGGAUUUAAUAAAAAUGCGGCCAUACGCGAUCUUUACUCUUCUGGCUUGCUCAUCAGGUUGCAAAUGAAAGACGUAGGAAGUCUCGCACGCUGCGCUUUCGACUUCGUUUUAGAUUCAAAAAUAAGGAAAUCAAUGUGCAUUUAAGCAACUAAUAUAUGGUUUAAGAAGUAAACACAAGAAAAUCAAAAUAAAUGUAAUCAACAAACGCAAGUUUCAGAAACAAAAAAAAAAAAAGAAAAUAUAAAAAUAUUGUAUAAUGUUAUUGACAAAGUUUAAAACCAUGUAAUAUGCAAAAAGUUUAGAAUAAUGCAGCGUAGAAAUAGUAUAUCUAAAAUCAUAUAUGUUAAAAUGAAACGUCUUUUAUUUUUUUUUGUUUUGGAAAGUAUCUUUUUCUCUUCUUCUUAAGAGGCCAUGAAGUCAACAGCAGAUGACUCGCUACGUUAUAAUAGAAAAUGUUUUGAAAAAAUAUGAUUUACGUGCUUUUCCCUGUUUGUUUACAUAAACGCCAAACUGGCAUAGGCCAAAGGAAAAAUUGAGCAAUUUUUUAAGCAUGACAUUCUCGAAAAGUUCCAUAUGUGGCGCAUUCGUUGCUUUCAAUUCACUCAACUUCAAAUUUCAAAGCCCAAUAGCCGAGCAAAGAUCAAACUCUAUUCUUCUUCUUUUCUUCGCAAUCAAAUUAUUUUCAAAUUUUACACGCUUGGCAAUAUUGGUAUUGCAGCUUUCGAAUGGCAUACAACUACAUAUGUAAAUUUUAAGUUGUCAAAUCGUAUGAAAUAUAAUCAGUAUAAAAAAAGGACAGUAUCCCAAAACGAAAAAAGUGUCAUUGGCCUAAAUCUACACUUACUUUAAAAAGAAAAAAAAAUCAAUGAAUUUCACAUAAUUAUUACGUGCCACAUAUCUUAUUUAUCUCGAAAAUAAAAAGCAAUUUGAAAAAAAAAAAAAUAAUAAUAAUGGUUUAUAUACAUUUUCCGUCUAAUCUAACUGAGGAAGAGCAUAUGCUGCAAGCCAAAUAUCAAAAAUUGAAGAAAAAGAAGAAGGCGUUACAGUUGAUGAAAGCACCAAAACAAGAGCCCGAGAAGCCGACACUUAAGAGGCCAACAGAUGCUCGUGAUGCUCGGGAAGUUGCACGUAAAUUGAUUAAAAGUGGUGCUAUACCGGCUAUACAAAAGCAGCAAACAAAACAAGAUCAGACAUCUUUCAAAAGACCUAAAGGUCAGGAACGGAAACGUCCUGUACCGGAAUCGACAGUGGCUGCUUAUCAGCCAUUUUCUUCCACGCAAAAUGAUGUAGCCCAGGAAACUAUUAUUAGUGAGAUUAUCAAAGAAGAGCCCCGUGUGCAGAACUUAUAUCAACACUUUGCCACUGAACGUGAUCGCGAGGAAAGAGGGCUUAACGAUAAAGGAUCUCUGGAUCCUAGUCAAUCGGAUAAGCCCAGAGCUGGUAACACAAUUUUUGUAUCGGGUAACAAAGUUAGUGAAGACUUUCUCAAGAAGACUUUUAAUGAUUUCGGCACCAUCGUCAAUGUAUCUAUGGAAAUUGAAAAGGGACGUGGUUUUGUAACGUUCGCUAAACCUGAGUCAGCCGAUCGAGCUAUUGCUGAAAUGCAUAGCAAGAAUGUAAACGGCAUAAAUUUACAAGUGCAACUGGCUCGUCGUCAACCACAAAUAGAACCUAUCAAUGAUGCCUCAUCUUCAGCAGUUUGGUCCUCGAUAGCUGCUAGUAAAUCUCAAAAAGGUAGCCACAAAGAUCGACGCGAGAUGGUACAAUAUGACGAAGACCUCUUUUGUUAAUUGACAUGAAUUGAUAUGAAGAUCGUGAACUUCACAUAAACUAAUAUAUAAGUAUAACUUAGGACAUAAUUUUACAUUGUUCAAAUUAAGUUUUUUUUUUUGAUAUGAAGCAGGCAUGGAUUCGGCCAAAGAGAUAUGCCUUACAUGUGCGGGUUAAUAAAAAUUUGCAAUACUUCAGUUGUUAUAUGCAGGAAAAGGAAGUUUUCCUUUUCUCAUAAGGAAGAGAAAAGUAAAAAUAAAGAAAUUU